AGUUCUUGGCAAGUCAAAAUUCACAGUUAUGGUUGAAACAAUCAAAGCUAUAAUUCUCGCAGGAGUAGCAAUUACAGUGGUAUCCGUGGGCUCGGCACUAGGAAGCUACUUCAUGUUAAAGGCAAGUCUUGAGGAAGAAGUUAAUGAGAAAUUUAAGCAGAUACAUGAUGAACAGCCAGCCUCUAGCAGAAACACGGCAGCAUUACAAGCCCAAAGCAAUGACCAUGGUGAGAACAAAAGCAUAAAGGAUUCCAGUCAAAAUGAUAGUGGAGGAGUUAACCAAACACCUUCUGCGAAGGAUAUAGAACAUCUUGUUUCUACAGUGAACAGGACACUAUCAAAAGAUAUACAGUAUUUACAUUCCAUGUCUCAAGUUUUAGCAACAAAAAUUGAUUCAGAUCAGCAAAAAUUAAAAUUAAUUGAAGAACUAAUCGGCCGCAAUGGUAUCACUGCUCUAAAAGGAAGUACAGGUAUGGCCGCGAAGACACAACUAGGAUUAGAUGCGAAAAAGGGGAAAAAAGAUACUAGUAUGAGAGCUCCAAUAAAGGACGAAAAGCAAAACAAGAAUCCACAAGGAACUUCUCAAAAUGAAAAACGUGUUUAUUUCUCGGUUGCACUGACGAACACAUUAGAAAAUCUGGGUGAAAAGCACGUGAUCAUUUUUGAUAUGGUAUACAGCAACGAGGGAUUUGGAUAUAAUACUAAAACAGGACAAUUCAAUGUUCCAGUCACUGGUACCUAUCUUUUCAUGUUUUUUGUCGAAGCGAUUAAUAAAGAAGGCAAGACAGCUCAGGUCAGUCUUGUUGUUGACGGCCAAAAUAAAGCGACAGCACUCGCAGAGGCGUGGCAUAACGGACAGGAUGUGACGUCAGCUAAUGCAGCUGUCACUCAUUUAACAAAAGGCCAGAAAGCUUGGAUCCAAACAGCUGACUCGGCUAAUAAACUUAAUGACAUUGAUAAGAGGAAAACAACGUUUACUGGUGUUUUACUGUUUUCUUAAAUUUAAAUUUGGAAAUGUUAUGGUUUCUCCUUACACUCUAAAGUCAGGAAAACUCUUUUGAUAUGAAUUACUACGAUAUGCGGAGAAUAUAAUGCAUCACCCAGUUACUAAGUGCAAGAAAGCUUUGUCACAGCUUAAACAUACAUAAGCACUAAUACAAAAGUUAAUAAACUGUGCUGGUAAUUCAUCGCAAAAUACAUGGGUGUCUCUUGCAAACAAAAGAAGAAAAAACAUAUUAUUUUAUAAAUUUAGACAAACAGCAUUUAUUUCCAUUGUAAUUAUCACUGUUCCACAGUCGAAAAUGCUUAAUCUUACCAGUACUGAUUAAGAAAUAAUGUACAUAUGUGUAGAUCAUGUUUCGGUGGCGAGAGGCAGCUAAUUAUACUCAAAGUCAUUUAUUCCUUCAACAAUACAAUGGAACGAAUUGCCUACAAAUACUAAGAGAAUCAAGGGAAACUCGUGCAAACCGCCCACUGCUCCAUCAUUUUUACAAGCGGCGAACGUUCACCAUCAUUUUGUAAUUCACGCAAUUUAAAAAAAAAUGCAGCAACAGAUUUAACGCAAAACACUAUUUCCAUGCUAAAAGUACAGCAAUCGGAGGAGAAAUCUGUUUACAAACACUCGAGAAUUUGACCCUCUCAACACGAAGAAGUUACUUUUUGGUUUCUAUACUCUGAACUUUUAUGUCGUUAUGUUUACCUUUUUAUAAAGGAAACUAAAGGAUUUGAUAACUUUUUGUUCAACUUGAUUGUUUAGUGUUUUUUAUAUUCUUUGAUUUUAGUAAUAUAUUUCAAAACAGCAUGGACCCUGCAGAAAAUUAAACCAUUCUUUGUGAUAUCAGAUAAUUGUUUUAAGAUGAUAAGUCAUAUGUUACAUAUGUCACAAAAAGUGUAAACUUUUAUUUUUAAAAAACAUGUAGUAUGCAUUUUUUAAGGGGAGGGUCCCCGAUAAUGUUGCUAUGACUUUUGGCCCAACCCUUCUGUGUGUUUAUAUUGAUGUAUUUAUACAUGUAUGCUAUGGUUUCUGUAUGUAUGUGAAUAGAAUAUGUACAUAUAUGUGUAUACAAUAGAAUAUGAUAAAACGACAUUAAACACAUAUCUCUUCUGGAAGACCAUUAGCUUCACUUCGGAAAUCCGAGUUCUAGUUCAUUCUCUCAAUUCAAAUUAAGUAAAACUUAUAUAAAAAUUAAAAUAACCAAUGAUAAAAUAUGUACAUCUUAAAAUAUAAUACGAUUGUUUUUUUUUUACUCCGGACUGCCAAAGUGAGAAGCCAGAGCCCGCGGCUACGGUAAAAACAGAAAUCACACACGGAGCGGAGUGACGCAUAGGUUCAGUGGAAACACUAUCUGACUACGAAACUAGGGGUUGUGAGUUCGAGCCCCCGUUCCAUCAACUAAAACUAACUAACAUUCUAACAUUGGAAUAAGAGUCCCGUAUGUUGGUGCUUUACACCUUGCACGCUAAAGAACCAGGGAAGCUGCUCGAAUGGGAGCGUAUUGUUUCUUGCACUUUCCCCCACUAACAUUACUGAUAAUCUUCUGGAGGAGUCAACCAUAUGGGAUACAGUUGGGGCGACUAUAAAUAAACUUACAUUAUUUAAAGAGCCAACCGAUAUGAUGUCCAUUUA